CAGGUCACUGGCCAGUGAUUUAGGAAUACAUGGCAGCGCAGAAAACCGACCUGUCAGCCUCAAAUGUACUGCGGGACGGCCAUCACCCAGUGUGGACGGUUGUGCGCACCGCGCUGCAUAGCCCAAACGUCUAGUGUCUUGAUGCCGUGGUCACUUAUAUCACUCGUCACCAAACAACCUUCACGCCCGAGUGGUUUUACAAGUGUGGAUCCAUAGCGUCAGGUACUACAGUCAACCGUAGCCUUUGCUUUCGAAGCUCCUUCCGUCAAUGAACCUCGGAACUCGAACGCAACCUCCGAGAAGACUCAUGACACACGACCGUUCAAGCCCUUGCAUUCCGCUGCAGCGGAAGAGUGGGAACGGCAAAAGAAGCAAUAUGACGACAAGAACGAUGCGAUCGACGAACUCAUGGUCCCAUUUGCGAAAGAACGAUUCAACGUCGUGUUCCAAGGAAAUCCUGGGACUGGAAAAACAACUGUGGCUCGUAUUUAUGCGAAAUUUCUAGCAUCUGUGGGGAUUUUGACAUCAAACGAAGUAACUGAGACAUCCGGCGCAAAACUUACACAUCAGGGGCCCGAUGUGGUUCAAAUGCACAUUGAUGAGCUUAUCAAGCGGGGAGGGGGGGUCCUCUUCGUGGACGAAGCUUAUCAACUUACUGCUCCCUACACGCCGAACGCAGGACGACAAGCUCUCGAUAUCAUCCUCACUGAGAUAGAAAACCAUAUCGGCAAGCUGGUUGUCAUUUUUGUCGGGUACAACAAGGAAAUGGAAACCAUCUUCGAACACAAUCCCGGAUUGUCUAGCAGGAUUCCUUACACCCUGCAGUUUACCGAUUUUGAGGAUGUGGAGCUCUCGGACUCCUACGAAGAGGUACUCAAGAUGUCAGGCGCUGAUAGGAUGGUGAUUGCAGGGGGUAUAGACGGUCUUUUCAUGCGUGUUGCUGUCCGCCGAUUGGCCCGAGGCCGAGGACUUAGGGGUUUUGGGAAUGCUCGUUCCGUCAAUAAUCUGUUGACGAAGAUAUCAGAGCGCCAGGCCAGGCGUCUGACCGAGAAAAGGAGGAGCGGCAUCCGUCCACAGCCGGAAGAGUAUCUUGAAUUCACGCAGGAAGACUUGAUCGGACCAAGACCUACAAAAGUAUUUGCCGGACCAGCAUGGGAGAAGCUCAAUACGCUCAUCGGACUCGAAGCCGUCAAGUCGUCGGCGCGGACGAUGAGCGAAUUGAUUCAAACGAAUUACGAACGAGAGCUCAAGGAACUGAAGCCACUUGACUUCCCUCUUAACCGGGUCUUCGUAGGAUCGCCAGGAACAGGCAAAACCACGGUUGCCAAGCUAUAUGGGCAAAUCAUGGCUGAUCUAUCGCUUCUCAGCACUGGAGAAGUGGUCGUGAAGAAUCCAGCGGAUUUCAUUGGCGAAUGUCUCGGAAAGUCGGAGGCCAAAACGAGAGCCCUCCUCGCAACUACACUAGGAAAGGUUUUAAUCAUUGACGAUGCGUACAUGCUGAACUCCGGCGCACCCGACAAGCAGCAGGAUAACUACAGAAAGGCAGUGGUCGACACCAUCGUGGCAGAGGUUCAGGGCGUUCCUGGGGACGACCGAUGCAUCCUCAUGCUCGGCUACGAGGACAAGCUCAAAGAAAUGUUCCAGAAUGCCAACCCCGGACUCGCCCGACGAUUCGCCAUCGAUGAUCCUUUCCGGUUCGAGGACUUCGAUUUAGGGCAGUUGAAAAACAUCCUAACGUUGAAAAUGAAGGAAUUGGAUGUAACUGCAACACCGGAAGCUCUCAGUGUCGCUCACGACAUCCUAGACCGCGCCCGAAUGCGCCCGAACUUUUCCAAUGGAGGAGAGGUUGACGCAUGUCUCAAUAAGGCCAAGCUGAACUAUCAAGCCAAGCAACUGAGGGGGGAAGAUUAUACCAAACGACGAUACGAUGCUGUAUUUGAGCCCGAAGACUUCGACCCAGAAUUCGAUCGCAGCCAAAACGCAAUCAGCAAGUGCAGGCAACGUCUCAAGGACCUCGUGAGCAAUAGCAUCAUCACGAAGUUGGAGGGCUUACAGCGACUCGCGACUGUGCUGAAGAACCACGGUUUCAAUCCCCGUGAGCAAGUUCCCACGCGCUUUGUAUUCACAGGUCCACCGGGUACUGGGAAAACAACCACGGCCCGCAAUAUGGGCAAGAUUUACUAUGAUAUGGGCUUCUUGUCCACCCCGGACGUGAUUGAGUGUUCCGCUUCAGAUCUCAUCGGUCAGUAUGUCGGUCAAACCAGUCCCAAGACCAAGGCACAACUCGAAAAUGCCCUCGGAAAAGUACUAUUCGUGGACGAGGCGUAUCGUCUUGCCGACGGACAAUAUGCAGCCGAAGCGGUCCACGAGUUUAUAUACCUUCUGGGCACCCCACGAUACUCCGGCAAGAUGAUCGUCAUUCUCGCAGGGUACUCUGUGGACAUGUCUCGCUUGAUGGCCGUCAGACCCUCGCUUUCGAGUCUCUUUCCUGACGAAAUCGUUUUUGAGAAGCUGAAGCCCGCGGAAUGCUUGUCCCUACUAGACCGGGAGCUCGAGAAAAGGCGAAUUUCCGCCAGUUUCCUUAAGAAUCCCUCUUCCCCGGGAUAUCGUCACCUGGCCAAGCUGUUUCGAAUUCUAUCCGUCUUUCCGACCUGGAGCAAUGCCCGAGAUAUCAAGACACUAGCCGCGCAGAUGUCAUCGGUUGUGUUCGAAGUGAUGGCUCAGGGUCACACAAGGGAACUGUUCUUCGAGCCUGCCACCGCGGACGCGUGCAUACGGAGGAUGAUUGCUCUGCAACGAGAGAGAUGCAAUACCAGCGCUGGAAAGGCCGGUUGCCCAACACCAAAUCAAACAGGUGAAGAUUCCCUUGCCCGUGCCCAGGACGAAGCACCUCAAGAUAACACAGCUACCCACGCCGACACUGCCACUGCCAAAGCUACUGACCAGGCGCCACUAAUUUGCACCCCCCACCGCACCAAAGAAGCAGCCGGCCCCAGCGGCAGCAGACGAACGAACACAUUCGGACCAUCCUCUCCACAAGAUGCUUCCAAGGUACAAGAAGAAAUUGACAAAGAGGGCGAGUAGGAAAAGAGGGCGCAAAAAAAGCUGAGAGAGAUGGGGGUCUGUGUGGCGGGAUACAAUUGGAAGAGAGUAGCGGGUGGAUAUGAAUGCGAAGGAGGGACGCAUAGUAUCAGCGACACGCAGCUGCUUGCAAGUUGAGGCUGUGUUUGCGAAUUUGUUGGAUGUGUUAUUUCGGAGUUCUACUUCUGUUUCAGCGUCGUUAUUUGGUGUUUCGAGGGAGGCUACCGCACUUAUGAUACGAGUUAUCUUUCAGCAAAAAAAA